AGGAUUCGCCUGUGGGAGUGACCCUCUUUCACCGAGGAUUGUAUGAGACCGUUUGAAUGAGUAAUCGGUGGGAACAUAUGCAUUCAGAAGCCGCAAACUUUCACUGAGACCCGGGGAAUAUGCGUCUAGAUGUUGAAAAAACAAUGUUGCUGAAGCGGUUGAUGAAAGCGUCCGCCAGAUAAUUUGUAAUUAUUAUUUUCGGAGAAAAUUGUUCAUUACGGACUAAUGGAUUUUAUUGCUGCCACGUGAAGUAAUUAAUUCCUCCACACGACGAUUUAUAAAUCAUUAAAUUUUCUUGUUAAAGCGUUUUGAGAAUAAAAAAAACACCGACAGAGUUGGAAAGCGUUACGCUCCUAAUUUUCUGUAAAAAUGAACUAAAAAUAGAAUAAGUCCUUUGACCAUAUAAAAUGGGCUUCAUUACAAAUAAUUAUGGACUUGUGUGCAAGCUCGUUUGCAUAAUCCACAAUAAAUUACCCAAGAGCACUUAGGACUGCCAUUUCCACCUGGCGAAUUACUCACAAUCAGGCAGACGAAAUGCCUGAAGUGUAAUCAAGUGGGGGAAGAUUCGUGUGUACCUUUUCCGCGGGAAUGUGGGGCCCAGGGUCUGCAGACUGACCCACUCACAUUCACCUCAGUCACGCUCCAGACGUGUAUCCCCGUGCUCUACUCCCAUCUUCCUUCUGAUUUUAAUCUGAUAUGAACAAAGAAGAUACUGAAACAAUUCAUUCGACGAAUUUCCGAAGGAGAGAAUUAAUUUUCUGAUUUUUUUGUAGUUAUUUUUCUUCGUUUGUCGGUCUUCAUGAGACGAGCGCGGGGACUUGUGACAGUGCUUCUGGGACUGUUGACACUGAUCUUCAUUAUUUUCAAUGUGAAGCCAGUGAAGGAAGUGGAGAUCAACGAGAGAAGCCGCAGGCGAACGAGUGAUAUCAUUUCAGAUCUUCAGGAUGUGUCAACAAGUUUUCAAACGCGUCAUUCGGUCACACCCUCACUCGCCGAGCUCGGCAUCCGGGGAAUGCUGCCUGAGAUGAAUGAGGACACACUCAUGGUGACCAGAGUACCAGGUGCUGGUGUUGAAUUACUCGUUCUCAUACUUCAACGAUUACAGGGCUACAAUGCGUUUAAACAUAUCCGACUGCCACCAGGAGACAGCGGAUUACUUUCCACACUUCAACAGGAAUUACUAGUCGAGGAAAUAACGAGCAUCAUCCGACAAGAAGCCAUCCCCCUAAGUUUCGACGGUGACGUCAGAUUCCUCAAUUUUUCCCAAUUUGGAAGACAAGCGCCUGUAUUCACGUCCCUAGUGAGAGACCCCAUGGACCCCAUAAAUCUGCAAAGGUACCGUAGAGGUGGUGCUGCGGGUAUUUAUCGGGGAUCUAUACCUCAUUUCUGCGGACAGGAUCCGCGAUGCACUAAAAUUAACAACAAAUGGAGACUGAAACGAGCGAAAGCGAAUGUCGUGAAAUGGUAUAAAGUCAUCGGACUCCUGGAAUACAUGGAAGAGACCCUAUCCGAGCUUGAGGAGAAGUUUCCAUACUUCUUCACUGGUGCCCUCAGAGUUUAUAAAAAAAUUCGGCCUCACAGGGUUUCUCACAGUGAAAAUACAAAGAUGACCUUGAAACCAACCGCGCAAAAACGACUGAGAGAAGUCUUCAAGGACGAAGUGGAGUUCUACAUGUGGUUGAAGUCACGGUUGCUGAAUGGCACAGGUGGAGACGGUUGAGUAAAUACAUCUCGAU